AUGUCGUCAUCUUUGAUCUCCUUAGGAGUCGCCAUUGCCGCGGUCUUCCUCUUCUGGACCAUGUCCUCAACCUCGUCGUCCCCGUUUGCGCGCAAUUUCCCGCGUCUCUAUAACCAGAGGAUAUGUUUGCUUAUUGCGCACCCGGACGACGAGGCGAUGUUCUUCGCGCCUACCGUGCUGGCGCUCACGAAGCCGGAGCUUGGUAAUCAUCUUAAGAUCUUGUGUCUUAGUACCGGAGACGCCGACGGACUCGGCCACAUUCGCAAGAAAGAGCUCCAGCAAAGCGCCCUGCAGCUCGGCCUCCGCAACGAAUCAGAUGUCUACGUCGUCGACGACCCUGCCCGUUUCCCCGAUAGCAUGUCAACCAUCUGGUCCGACUCCGAUGUAUCGGAUCUCCUGGCCUCUGCCUUUGCGCCGGAUCUGCUCGCCGGCACUGCCGCCGGCGCCGCACGCAAGAGAGAUUCCAAAUCCAAAUCCCACGCCAAGACCAACGAUGACUCUCCCUCCGCCACCAUCGACGUGAUCCUCACCUUUGAUCAGCGCGGCAUCAGUAACCACCCGAACCAUCGCUCGCUGUACCACGGAGCGUUGUAUUUCCUGCGCACCUUGAUGAAGGAUAAAUCGGGUUACUCGUGCCCUGUGUCGCUGUAUACCCUGCACACGACGAGUCUGCUGCGGAAGUAUAUCGGUGUCUUGGAUGCGCCGAUCACGAUGGCGCGGGGGGCGGUUUCGUCGCUGGUCUCGAGCUUUUCUAAAGGUAAAGCUGGAUCUGGAUCUGGGGGGGAGAACCCGUCGCGGUUGCUGUUUGUGAGCUCGGUGAAUGAGUGGAUGACGGCGCAGUCGGCGAUGGUGAAGGCUCAUAAGAGUCAGAUGGUUUGGUUUCGGUGGGGAUGGAUUACCUUUGGGAGGUAUAUGGCUGUUAAUGAUUUGCAGAGGGAGAAUAUUUGA